CUCACUCGUACAUAGUCAAGUCUGUAGUGUGGACCGCAAGUGUAAAUAACGAAGAACAACCAUUUGAUCAUACAUUUUUAUUUGUUUUUACUUUUUUAAGUUUAUUACCAGAAUGGCGCCUUUAUUUGUCGCCUGACCCGUCACUUGAACCGGGCCUAUAACCAAGCUAUAGACGAUCGAUAAAAUUCGCCGUUCUCAUUCCUAUUCAAAGUGCACCAGUCCCUGAAAACGAUAGUGCGAACAUUGACAUUUUGUCAUCGGACACAUGGAGUCGAAAAUGAAGCCGGCCAGCCCAGUCAGCGAUCACGAUCUACUGACGCAUCACAAGCAUGCGCAGAAAAAUGGGAACGAGAUAGUCGUUUUCCACAUCUCGGUGCCGGAAGAAGCCGAGUCGAAAAACACCGGAUCGCAGGAUCAUCGGCAAAUGCUGUCCACCAAAGUGUACCCACGGAGAUGGCUGAUGCUCUUUAUUUUCGUCACAGUCUCUAUGCUCAACGCCUUCCAAUGGAUCCAGUUUUCUAUCAUAACCAGCUUGCUGAUCAAAUAUUACGGCGUCGAAAGUCAAACUGUCAACUGGACGUCAUUGGUUUACAUGGUGGUUUAUGUUCCAUUGAUAUUUCCAGGUGCCUGGGUCAUGGAUAAAAUGGGUUUACGAGUGACGCUGUUGAUUGGAAGUUUGGGGACGGCGGCUGGCGCGUGGGUUAAAGUAUUAUCCGUCGCUCCCGAUCGCUUUUACGUCGCCCUCAUCGGUCAAACGAUCGCAGCCGUUUCGCAGGUCUUUGUCUUGAGCGUCCCGCCCAACAUAGCGGCGACAUGGUUCGGUCCCGAUCAAGUUUCAUCGGCCUGCUCCAUAGGAGUCUUUGGCAACCAGUUAGGUGUGGCUCUGGGUUUUCUCCUGCCGCCCGUAUUGGUGAAGGACGGAACUAUUGAAGAAAUCGGCAGCGGACUGAGUCUCAUGUUCUACAUUGUGGCCGGAUUAUGUACGGCUGUUUCCAUUCUCGUCAUCGUAGUUUUCCAAUCCAAACCGCCGCUGCCUCCGAGCCUGGCCCGUUGCUCUAUCGACUCGUCGACGGACUCGUUGAAUUAUUCGCAAUCGAUUAAACGGAUUAUGUGGAACCGAGACUACGUCCUUCUCUUGGUCACUUACGGCAUCAACGUAGGGGUCUUUUACGCCAUGUCGACCCUCUUGAAUCAAACCAUUCUCCAGCAUUUCCCAGGGCAGGAAGAAAGUGCCGGGCAGAUUGGCUUGACGAUCGUCGUCUGCGGAAUGGCCGGCUCCGUCCUGGGUGGAGUUAUUCUCGACCGCACUCAUAAAUUCAAAGAAACGACGCUAGCCGUCUACGGAAUGGCCGUCGUGGGAAUGGUUGCCUACACUUUCACUUUCAAUGUGGAGAUCAUCGCUGUCACGUUCGUCACGGCCGGCGCCGUAGGCUUUUUCAUGACGGGAUACCUUCCGGUGGGAUUUGAAUUUGCCGCCGAACUCACCUACCCCGAACCGGAAGGAACCUCAUCCGGGCUGCUCAAUGCGUCCGCUCAGAUUUUCGGCAUCGUGUUCACUCUUUUAGGUGGGUGGUUGCUGGACGAUUACGGUGACCUCGUCUGCAACGGGACGUUAACGUUGGCUUUGUUCAUUGGAGCCAUUGUGACAAUGUUCAUCCGUCCGGAACUCAGACGUCAGAGGGCCGUCAAUGGUUUCAAAUAGCCGUUGAACCAUCAUCAUUUUGGCUCGUUGGACGAUUGUGCCAUCAGUUUGCGACUGCGGGGACUUUCGCUGUUUUAUUGUUGCAUGUGUACAUGGACCAUUUUUUUUUAUUCCAAAUAAAAACGGGAAUGAUUACUCAA